GACCUGGGAGGGCAGCGGUACAAAGUCAGCGGGAGGAUCCCGGAGGGCUCCGGUGGAUUCGAGGCUGCAGCGUGGGGACGUCUUGAAAGCAGAGCGGCGGGGCGACAGGAAGAGCAGCGGGCCGAGCCCUCCCCGGCUACUCCAUGCCUGGUUGGAGGCUGCUGGCUCAGGCCGGCGCCCGGGUGCUGGGCUGCGGCGCGAGCGGCCUGGGUGCUGCCCGGGGCUCGGGAAACAGAGCAGACAUCUGGCUUUUGGUUAGAAGUCUCCAUGGCAGGAGUGGUACUUGGUGGGAUGAGCAUCUUUCUGAAGAAAAUGUCUCAUUUGUUAAGCAGUUGGUCUCUGAGGAAAAUAAAGCCCAAUUAGCAAGUAAACUGUGUCCUUUAAAAGAUGAACCAUGGCCUCUACAUCCUUGGGAGCCAGGUUCCUCUAGAGUAGGCCUUAUUGCCCUAAAGCUGGGUAUGAUGCCUUUAUGGACCAAAGAUGGUCAAAAACACGUGGUCACAUUACUUCAGGUACAAGACUGUCAUGUUCUAAAAUAUACUCCAAAGGAAAACCAUGAUGGAAAAAUGGCAGCCCUAACUGUAGGAGGAAAAACUGUGUCACGUUUCUAUAAAUCUCCAUCUCUAUUGGAAUUUUACCAAGAACUUGGAUUGCCGCCAAAACAGAAAGUUAAAAUCUUUCGUGUAACAGAUAAUGCUGUGAUUAAACCAGGCACUCCUCUUUAUGCUGCUCACUUUCGCCCUGGACAGUAUGUGGAUGUCACAGCCAAAACUAUUGGUAAAGGUUUUCAAGGCGUCAUGAAAAGAUGGGGAUUUAAAGGCCAGCCUGCUACUCAUGGUCAAACAAAAACCCACAGGAGACCUGGGGCUGUUUCAACUGGUGAUGUUGCCAGAGUCUGGCCUGGAACUAAAAUGCCUGGACAAAUGGGAAACAAAGAUAGGACAGAAUAUGGACUAAAAGUGUGGAGAAUAAACACAAAGCACAAUAUAAUCUAUGUAAAUGGCUCUGUACCUGGACAUAAAAAUUGCUUAGUAAAGAUCAGAGAUUCUACACUGCCUGCAUAUAAGGACUUCUGUAAAAAUCUACCAUUCCCUACAUAUUUUCCUGAUGGAGAUGAAGAAGAACUACCAGAAGAUUUGUAUGAUGAAAAUGUGUGUCAGCCUAGUGCACCUUCUAUUAUAUUCUCCUAACCUCC